AUGUCUUAAUUGAAAAAACUUCAAUAAGGAGAGUUUUAAAUUAUUUAUCCAAUCAAUGGAAAAACAGGACUAUAUAAGAAGGGUUUAGAGUAAUGGGUGUGCAAGCAGGUCGUUCCUCAAAAGAAGACAUAAAAAGAAUUGAUUGAUGAAAUCGAUUAAAUGAAAAUUCGAUUAUCAAAACCAGGCAUCUAUAUACCAGAAGGAUAUUGGGAAGAUAAACAAGGUGUGAGCUUCGUUUAUAAGAAAUUUAAACAUUCGAUGGGGGAUUUAAUUAAAUUGCAUAGAAGAUAGGGAAAGUUCAUUCCCAUGAAUGUGAUGCAAAAAUACGUCGAUGAAUUUACCAAUUGGUUGGAUAAAAUACAUAAAUCGAAAAAAACUGAGACACAGAGAUUUUUUCAUUGCAGAAUCAAGCCUUCGAAUUUAUUUGAGGACGAAGACGGAGGCUGUGUGAUUACAGAUUUCAAUUAAUUUUCAAAUGAGAAUAACGAAAAUUACUUACCUCCUGAAUCCAUUGCCACUUUAAAAAAAAACCAAAGUCAAAGAUUUUCAUAAGGGACUGCUUAGGCCGAUUAAUUCGGAGGAGAUCCCCAAAAAAUAGAUGUAUGGUAAUUGGGAAUGGUAUUUUUGCAAAUGGCAUCACUCAGAGAAAUGGAAGAAUUAUUAGUGUUCCGAGAUUUUUAGGCUCAUGAAUCCUAAAAGGGGAUUGAAAUCAGAGAAAUAGUGAGAAAAGCAUAUGGGAACCACUUCAAUAAUUUAAUAGAGAAAAUGUUGGAAAAAAACCCCAAUAAUCGACCACCUUUGUCAGAAGUUGAAGAUCUAGUUCAAGACUUUUUUUCUUAAAAUGCGAUAAUUGCAGAUGAAACAUUAAUAACACCAUAGCCAGAACUCUUGUUAGAAGAACUGAAGGAAAAAGCAAAAUAAUUGAAAUCACAAACAGCUACAUAAUACUUAUCCAAAUAUUAAUUAUAACCAGUUAGUCGGAGAAUAAAACCUGAAUUCUUUUGGGAGGCUUUACAGGAUUUGAAAAUUGAAGUGACUGCAAAGGAGAAAUCAGCAUUUCUGGCAUAGUUUGACAACUCAAAAAAGGAUGAGAUUGAUUUAUCUUAAUGGGUGUAAAAUUAAAAGGAGAUUAUCAAGUUAGGAGAAUUGAAUGACUAUUAGGAGUAGGAACUAUCAGAAAUGAUGAAGGAAUUGCAUAAAUAUCUUGAAGAGCAAAAAAUUAAUUUAUUGGAGAAAUUCAAAGAGAAUGACACAGAAUUAGUAGGAUAUCUGCAAUUUGAAAAAUUCGAUUAAACACUAAAAGACAACUAAAUAAAUUUGGCUGCUGAAGAUAUUCCAAUUAUUCAAUAGAAAUAUGACCCUAAGAAGAAGAAUAUCAUAUAUUAUGAGUAAUUUUGUGAAGAUACAAAGUCUAUGAAUCAAUAAUAGUUGGGGUUCAAUGAUUUAAAAAUGAAGAUGUAUAGGGGAAUAAGGGAAAUCCACAAUAUUUUUAUCUAAUUCUUCAGACAUUAUGACACAAAAUCAAGAGGUGAAUUGAGUCAUGAAGAAAUACAUAGGUUCUUGAAUGAUCUUAAAAUUCAUCCUUCUCCUGAUAUUGAAAAGUAGUUACUAUCGCAUCUGGAUCCAACAAACAAGAAAUCUAUUUCCUUUGAAAAUGUAAGAGUAUUCUUUGAAGAAUUGAUAAAUGAAGAUGUCAGAGCAAUUCUAUAGGAAAUUGUCAAUGGUUUAGCGAGUAUUUCUAUGACAUUGCCAUAACUGAUAAGAAGUAAUACAAAAAGCGCCAGCAUAAUCACCAAAAAUUAAUUGUUUAACGCUUUUAAAUAAGCAAAUGAUGGUCUUAAGAACUCAGAUUUCACAUUUUUAAUGAGCAUCUUUGGAGUGAAAGAUGAAAUAGAGUACCCUCAAUUCAUUAAUGCAAUGGUAUAAAAGGGUAAAGAUCUAAAAAUAUCUAAUUGGAAGUUACUCCAAGAAUUAGAAGUGAAGGAAUAGAAACAAGAGAAGAAAAGUGCAUUUGAUGAUCCAGAAGAAUCUAUGCAUAAGUCAAUCAAAUUUAAUGCAAAGUAAUUUGAUCCUCAAAAACAACUAUUACAAUUUAUCUAUAAAUAAUUACAAGAAAGAGAAUAAACUCCUAGAUAGUAUUUUAAAAGCACAUUUUAAAGGAUGUCUAUUACAUAAUAUAAAGAAAAAAUCAGAUAAUUAGAAAUUUACAAAGGAGAUUAUGAAAUAGAGUAAGAAGAACUAUUGAACAAUCUUCUAGUACCACAUGAUAAGUCAUUAGUUGAUGUUGAUUUACUCAUUGAGGCAAUACUGUAUUAUAAGGAUAAAAAAAUAGAGCAGUAUAGGUACAGUCAACAUAAAGCUAUUAUGUUUCUGGAGUAGCUCAAUAAAUAGAUGAAGAAGAAGAGAAUCACAUUUGCAGACAUUGAGGAUCUGGACACUUUGGGAGAUGGAUAUAUUCGAAAAAAGCAGUUCCAAGACUUUGUCAAUAAACAAUUGUAAUUAGAUACAGGAGAUAAUCAAUUCUAAGAUUUCUUAACCAGUAUCCAAUAGGAUUAAUAAAACAUAUCAUUGCAUAAACUAAAAUAGGGUUUGAAACUUGAUGAAGCCUCAAAUAAACUAUUAUCAGAUAUCAAUACAGAAUUAGCAUAUGAAUAAAGCAAACCUGAAUAGGUAUUUAAGAAGUAUGAUGCGAAUAGAAAUACAAAAUUAGAAUUAAGAGAAUUUGCUGAAUUUCUUGUGUAAUUAGUAGGAGAUGUUGAUUAAAAGAUUGUAGAAUCUUUGUUUUUAAAAUUGGAUGCCAAUGGAGACAAUACAAUUAACUUAUAUGAAUUUAAGCAAAAGAUAUCACAUUAAGAAAAUGACAUAUCAGAGCAAUAAUAGACAAAAUAUAAAUAUAAACAGACCGCAUAAACAUUUGCAAAACAAUUAACUCCUUAGAUUAUGAAAGCAGUCUUUCGAUUAAAAGAUGCUUUAAGGGAAAAUAACGAAUCCUUGGAGAUAUUUGAUAAAAAAGGAAGAGGAUAGAUCUUGCUAAAUGCCUUCUAAGAUAUCAUAGUGAGUUUAGGCUUUGAAUUCCAGGAAUUCAAAUAGUUGGCUUAAUAUUUACUAUCCCCAGAAGAUAAGAAGUUUUUGCAAUAUGAUAAAUUGGCAGUUCUGAUGCAUGAUUGUGAAGAAGCGGAGUAAUUAUUGAUUAAUUUGAAUUAAACUAUUUAAUCAGGUAAGGUGGCAACAGCAUCACUGUUUUAUAAUUAUGAUCAAAAUGGAAAUGACGUUUUAGAUAAACAAGAAUUCUAUAAAUUGAUUAGAGACAUCGAUCCCAUGUCAAGGAAUAAACCAGUUGAUAAUUUGUUCUUACUUCUUGAUUCCAAUUAGGAUGGGUCAAUAAGUAUCAGUGAAUUCAAAUCUAAAGUGUGUACCAAAGAUAAGCCUAGGGUUAUGGCAACAAUCAAUAAAUAAUAGUUGAGUAUAUUUGAUGAUGUAAUGAAAUUUGCUAAAGAUUCUCCAGCCUUGUUGGGAGAGUUUGAAAUAAGAGAUGAAAAUUAUACCAAUAAAUUAGAUUUAGACACCUUUAUCAUGGUACUCAAGAAAAAUAAUGGUCCCAAUAUUUAAUUGCUUGAAAUGAAGGCCUUGGCUGAUUAAUUAGGUGCAUUACAAGGUAACAACGUCAACUACAAAAUCUUUUGUUUAAAAGCUAAGCAAUAUUAAGUUGAAACACCUUCCACUAAAAUAGAGGCCAUUGCUACCAAGUUAAGAGACCAACUCAAAAACAAAAACACUAAUGUAAUCGAGAUUUCUUAGGAGUUUGAUAUCAAUCAUAAGGGAAAGGUCAAAGUAAAAGCACUUAAGAUGGGAAUGACUGACAAAUCAAUUGCUUUGAAUGAUAAUGAAUGGGAACUAUUACUCACAAUAAUAGAAUAGGAUGCUCAAGAUUACAUCGAUUAUUAUGCCUUCAACGAUUUCAUUAACUUAGGAUUAGCCAAGUACAAGGAGAGUAGGAAGGUCUUGGUGCUCAAUACAAAUUAGGAAAUUGAUAGAAUUGUUAAAAGUUUUACUCAAUAUCUAGAGAAGGAGGUGUGCACUCUCCUUGCAAUGUAUAGGUAGACUGACAAGGAUAAAAAUAACUUCAUAUCAUUUGAAGAAUUUACUGCCUUACUUUUGAAGACUAUUGGAUACAGUACGACUGUUGAUAAUUAAAAAUAACUAUUUGAUAUAUUUGACAUGGAUAAAGAUGGUAAAAUUAAUUUCACAGAGUUUGAAUAUUAAAUAUAUAAAAGAAAUGAAAUCACUGCUAAAUAAAUUCAGGAAAUGAAAUUAGUAAUGUUAAAUGGCCGCAAUCCACAGAUGGAAUAAUAAUUAUCUGAUUUAUUUCUAAUCAUUUCAUAAGGAUCUUAAUUUAUCGAAUUUAAACAAUUUGCGAAUUAUAUCAAUUAUUUUUAAAAAUACUCGAUGCUUGAAUUAGAUUAAUUUUUUAGAUAUUUUGAUUAAGAAUAUUCAGAAAAAUUAGAUUAAUUUAGAUUUAUCUUAGGCUUUAAAUAGUAAUAAAGAUAAUAAUCUAUCUAAUCAUAAUCAUAACCAUAAGUGUAGAUUCCUCAAUAAUAACCAUAUCAAUAAAACGUUUAACCUUAACCUUCUUAAUUUUAAGAACCUCCUCAAUUUUAAUAACCUCAGUAUUAAUAAUAAUAAUAAUAAAAUGGUUAAUAAAUGCAAUAUGGACAAUAACAACAAUAUCCAGGAUAAUAAUAACAAUUUCCUGGAUAAUAACAACAAUUUCCUGGAUAAUAAUAAUAAUAAUUUCCUGGGUAAUAACAAUAAUUUCCUGGGUAAUAACCUUAAUAUAAUGCUUAAUAGUCUUAAUAUAAUGGUUAAUAGAAACCUUAAUAUAAUAAUUAGUUACCGUAAUAAUAAUAAUAAUACUAAUAAUAUAAUCCAUAAUAUAAUCAAUAGGAAGCUUCAUUUAAUGCAUCCAUCCCUAAUAGUUCUAUUGCCUAUCCUCCUUAAAAUACAAUGUAUAAUAAACAGGUUCCAUAAGAAUUCGAUAAAAAGCAAGAAUGGGUUCAGAAUGCUAAAUUUGAAUAAAGCUGGGUAUCACAAGGAUAAGAUCAAUAUUCUUAAAAAUAUGAUCCUAAUUAAUCCAGAGCUGCCAAACCUCAACCUUAAUAAUCUUAAAUUCCUAUUGAAUUUGAUCUAAAUUUCUAUGAUUAAGAAAUACAAAAAAAGUGCAUCUAAAAAAAUAUUGAUCUCUUUGAUUUACUGUGUCAAUAUGAUGAAACACCACUUCCAGAAUUAAAAAUAUCAAGGCCUGAUCAAUUAGAAUUGGCAUUUUAAUUUUUAGAAAUACUAGCACCAACACCUCAUGUCUAAUAAUAUUACUACUAUUAUUCAUAAGGGUAAAAUCAAAUGGGGAUAGUUUUACCAUAUUUAAAGAUGAAUAAUCCUGGUAAACUUUUAGCCAAAGCACUUAACUUCACUAUGAUCAAACAUAAACAAUAUACAAAACAAUAACUUUGGGGUCUAAUUGGAGAGAAUCAACCCACUUGGCAAAUUAAAUAAUUAGAUAAGAUCAAUAGCAAUUUAAAAAUUGGUUUGAAUGAAAGAGAAUUGAGGGAAGCAUUUUAGUAUUGGGAUACUGAGUAAAAGGGUUUGAUAACAUUUAAGAUUUACGAGGAAGUUCUAAAUUUAAAUUAGAUUGUAAUUCCAUAAAAGUAGGAUACUCAAUCUAAAGAUCCUGCUUUAUAAUCAGUACUAGAUUCAUUUUUAUUACAUCUAUCAGAAGCAGUAUUAGCUAAAAAUUGCUUCAAUCUUUUUGAGCAACUAGAUAAAAGAGGAUACAAUCAAAUACCCUUUAAUGAUUUUUUGAGUGUAAGUAAGAAAUUAAUAGGGUCUAUAUCAGCCGAUGAAAUCAAAUCAAUUAAAUAAUUAUUGUAAUAGAAUGGGUUCAUAAAUUUGAGCGAUUUAGCCAAAUUUUUAAAUGUGGAUCGAACUAAAAUCAAUUAAUAUAGCUAAGAGGAUGAGAAAUAACAAUUUGGUUUAGCAUAAAAGGAUUAACGUAAGUCUAUAUUGAAUACUCAAAACAAAGAAAAAUUCAAUAAGAUGCUCCCUAUAAUAAAUGAAUUUUUGAAGAAGAGAAGUAAAACAUAUGAUGACUUUGCACUUUAUUUCUUCCCUCCGAAUUCAAAUAGCACAAUUGAUAGAGUUUAAUUUACUAAAAAAGCAUUAGAUGCUUAAUUUGGAUUAUCUGCUACUCAAUGCGAAGAACUAUAUGAUUACCUAGAUGCUAAUUCUAGUGGACAUAUUUCUAUUAAUGAAUUUAGAUUAGUGUUUCAGUCAAAAUAAACAGAAUAAUAAAUAAAAAAAUAAGCCGAUAAUAUUGUCUAAAGUUAAGAUAUAGAAUAAGAAAUUUUGGAUUUAUUUAACCAAAUUGAUGAAAACAAAAAUCAAUAACUAGACUAAAGGGAAUUGCUAAAGGCUCUUCAAUCUGUAGGUUUAAAUCCUGGAACUGAAGAGUUAUCUUAGUAUUUUGCUCAGUUUGAUCGAGACAGAAGUGGAACAAUAUCAUAUUAGGAAUUCUCGCAUAUAGUUAAAGAUAUCCUAAAAAAAGAACUUCUGCAAGCAGAUGACUUAUUAGAAGAUUUGAGAAGAGAAUUCAGAUAAGUUUGUAAUCCAACUACAAGAAUGUUAUCUAAAGAGCAAGUGAGCUAAGUAUUCUAAAAUAUGGGAGUACUUAUUAAAAAUGAAGAACUAACAGAUUUAUUCGUUGAAAUAGAUGAGGAUAAAUCUGGAUCCAUUGAUAUAGAUGAAUUUAUUUAUUUCAUACAAAAAAACUAAUCAGGAAUGUCAGCCAAAGCUUCAGCUGCAGUAAUGAAUAUCAAGGGUAGCAGAAGAAUCUCAUUACAUGAUUUGAAAGAGAUUUUCUUAUAAUUACCUUAAAACUUUAUUAUGAGUUUUGUUAGGGGAUAAAAUAAAAAACUACAAAAUCUUCCAUCCUCUUAACUAAAACCAGUUCUUGAUAAUUGUGGAUUUUUUUAUUAAGGUCUAAAUUAUGUUGAAGCAUCUAAUUUCAAUAUUAAACAAAGCAUUCUUGAUAAAGUUAAUAUUAAAAAUAAUUUCUUAGCAGAAAUUAGAUUGAUUGAAGCAACAGGAAUACCUAUUCCAGAUGAAAAAGAUGUACCUAGGGGUUCAUUCUUGAGAAGAGAAAUAGGCAUCAUCCUAAUAGAUAAAGCAAUUAAUAAGUAUGAAGGUAAUGCUGUUUAUAUUCCUGCUGCUUGGAAUCCAGAAUAUGAAGAUAGAUGGGUUUUUGAAUAACCAGCUAUGGAGUAGGCCAUCUUAAUGAGAUGGGGUAAUUUUGAUGAAAAGUUGGAUAACUUAAAGGAGAUGGUUUUUGAAUUCAUUACUUAUUCCGUUAAUAAAGGAAGACUAAUAUAGAUCUCAUGUGCAUAUGGUUCGAUUCCUGUCUAUCAAUUAAAGCCAGGCAAACAAAUUCUUGAGUUGAAAGGUGGUGCUCCAUUAAAAGAUAUUACUAUUGAUAAAAAAGAUAUCAGAACAAAUCGAAAUGGAUGGAGAUCUGUUGUAAAAGCACUUUCUUCUAAUAUAAAAUCUUAAUUAAUUUUGGAAGUCAUGAAAUUACCUCCUUUGAUGGUUCAAAAAAUAUCAGCACUACCAAAUAAAUGCAUGCUCAAUAAAUGGGCUUUAAGCAUGUAAUCAGCUUUUCGAGAAUACUUUGCCUAUAGAACAUAAAUGAAGGGAGAAAUUGAAUUAAAUUUAGCUAGUGACAUCCGUAUUAGAGCAUGGUUACAUUGUUUCGAUUGUCCUGAUACUACUAGACCUAUCGCAUUAUUUUGGAAUGAAUUUAUAGAGCCAAAAGUUGGUAAUGAUUACCAAUUUUUAUUAAAAUCAAUCUCCAAAAUAGCUGAUUCAUUAUAUUUGAUGUUCAAAAAUACAGAGUUUAAGUUUUCCAUUGGAGAUCCAACAGCAAGAAUAGACCAUGAUAGUGUUCUAUUAAAGCGAAGAUAAUAAUUAGUUGCAGAGGCAAUAAGUGAUAUGAAAAUUAAUCUUGGGAUUGUUAUUCAACAGCAAAAAAAAGCUUAGAUUAUUACUAGUUUAGAACCACUAAAUGUAGAAGAAAUGAUGGAUCUAGACAAUGAAUCUGAUAUUUAAGCUUUAGAAAAAUUCUUUAGCAAAAAGAAAACCAAGAAACAAUAAUGA